CGGGCGAACGGCGGAUCACAUGAUAUCGCGGCUUUCAUUUUCCCCACCAUGGCAGCUGUUGCUAAGUCCAUGUAACGGGAUUCUGAUCACAUUUUCCAGUCGAAUCUUUUUGUCUAUACUAAGCACCACCGGACGCAACUAACUUACUCGUGGAAAAAAGUGUUUAGGCCUUAUUCCAACUCUUCACCUCAACCAGGUACCACCGAUUUUUUUUCCAUUUUUGUGAGCCAUACAAAGUUUCACCGCAGCGCUUGUAUUUCUACAUACCUUCUAUCAUGUCUUCAGUCAAGGGACACUCCCCACUCGUUCAGUUGCUUCUCAAAUCGCCAGUUUUCAAACUUUUGCGGUCGGUCAGAUACUUGAUCAAGCUUCUUUCGUCCAAGCAGUUCUACCUCAACGUGGACCACAUCUUCCGUGACCCGACGGGGUUGGACUACACCCUUUCCUUCUUGGCAUAUUCCAUGAUGUUUGUGUCGCAGGUGAUCCUCAACAAGUCUUACAUCAAGAAGACGGUAUUGCAGGGGUACAGAAACGUUGCUAAGGCGGUUUCCAAUGAUACCAAGGACGCUACACCACCCAAAGAGGCGACCCAGGAAGACGCUCCAGCCACUGAUGUAUCAUCGAAACAAAUCGUGUUAGCCACUAAGCUCCAGCUUGUAUCGUCAUACGUUUCCGAUAUCAGAAUCUUCAACCGUAUGUGGGCCUGUAUCCCAAUGAUUCCGUGGGGGGUUGACCUUAUAAAGGAAUCCAACACUUUGCCGUGGUCUAACCCCGAUCGUUUAAUCAACUACGCACAGGUGUUUAACGGUAUCGUGCUCCAAUUCUUGGAGAAUGUGGGGUUUGUGGGUGACCACUCGUUCACGACUCAAUCGGAAUCUUUCUCGCUCUGGGCCAACCUCUGGUGUGGGCGCCUUUGGGCCGCCUACGUUGUUUUGGACAUUGUGCAAUUGGCCAAGGUGCCAACAAAGCAGAGAGACAGACGCUGGGUGAACACCCUUGUGUACCAAUUGGCGAAUGUACCACUCACUAUCCAUUGGUCAUUGGAAGAGGGAUUGAUUAACCGUACCCUGGUGGGGUUCUUUGGUGCUUUGGGUGCUUUCUACAAGGUCAGAGACUUCUGGGGCGCUGUUGGUGAUGGUUGCUGAGGUAUAGAUCGAUGCUUUUACGACAAAAGUUUUGAAUCACACCGCUUCACCGACGAUAAGCAAUAAUACUCUUCUGGUGCAUUGCCCCGAUGUUUUUUUAUACGUAUGGCUAAACCAUUUUACUUUCCGAUAGGUUUCAUUGAAGUCGACUUUUUCCCCACCUACCAAAGUUUAUGCCUGUCUGGUGUUACUGGUUUGACACCCCUAGUGGGCUGCCAGAAUAAACUUAUUAUUCGCACGCCUUGUGAAUCGCAAAAUACACUACAUAUUUAUGUUUUAUUUACACUAUACACUU